GGACGAGCCUUAUUUUGAGGGCGGAGUCUGAAGAGGAAGGAUCAGCUGGAGCAAUAAAGAAGGUUCGGGGCACACACGUUCUAGACUUCUGACAUGUUUUCCUUAAAGGAUUCAGAAUUAGGAGCUUCCACCUUUUUUGCUUCAUCUCUUCCAAAUGAUGUUUGUGGGAGCAAUGGUCUACCUUUGACUCCAAAUUCCAUAAAGAUCCUAGGCCGCUUUCAGAUUCUUAAGACACUUACACAUCCCCGGCUUUGCCAGUACGUGGAUAUUUCUCGUGGAAAACAUGAGAGGCUGGUGGUGGUUGCUGAACAUUGCAGAAACAGCCUGGAAGAUUUGUUUCGAGACAAGAAACCAGUGAGUGCUUUCAAAACAUUAUGCAUCGCCUUUGAAGUGCUACAAGGCUUGCAGUAUCUCAAUGAGCAUGGAAUAGUCCACCGAGCUCUCUCACCUAGUAAUAUCCUCAUGGACGGAGAGGGGCAUACUAAAUUGUCAAAAUUUGGCCUUUAUCAUAUGACUGGUUAUGGUGCGGAUGUUGACUUUCCUAUAGGGUACCCAUCAUAUCUGGCGCCUGAAGUAAUUGCACAAGGAAUUAUUAAAUGCACUAAUUACAUACAGUGUGAAAAUUACCUGCCUUCUGGCCCUAAAUCAGAUGUGUGGUCUCUUGGUAUUAUAUUAUUUGAACUUUGUAUGGGCAGAAAGCUGUUUCAGAGUUUGGAUAUAGCUGAGAGAUUAAAACUGAUGCUUAAUCUUGGAUGUGUUGAUGAUAUCGUAACAGUGAUAGCUGAGGAACAUGGAUGCUUGGACAUUCUGGAGGAAGUUCCUGAAAAUAUUUUAACUCUGCUUCAGAAGUGUCUUACAUUCCUCCCUUCCAAACGGCCUACUCCUGGAAAACUAUUGAAAGAUCCAAUGUUCCGUGAAAUUUCACUUUUAUAUCCAACCUUCGAAAAACCUGCCAGUUUUUUCUCACCUAAUCUAAGAUGUGCUAAUUUAUCUCUUCCUGAGGAUAUUAAUCAGCUAUUUGAAGAUGAAAGUUCUGAUUACCUAGCAGAAAGGACAAUUGACGAAGUGUAUUAUCUCUGGUGCUUGGCUGGAGGUGACUUGGAGAAAGAUCUUGCCAACAAGGAUAUCAUCCAUUCCAAGCCUCCCAUCUGUACACUUCCUGUUUUUUUGUUUGAAGAUGGGGAGAGCGUUGGACAAGGGCGUGACAGAAGUUUCCUUUUGAAUGAUGUAACUGUGACACUAUCGCUGGGUCAGCUCAGGAAUAGAUUAACAGAUGUGGAUGGAGAAACAUUUUAUCCAUUGCUUGAAGAUGACCAAUCAAACAUACCCAAUUCAAAUAGUAACAAUGAAUUAUCUGCUGCUGCCAAACUUCCUCUUAUUAUUCGAGAGCGGGAUACUGAAUAUCAGCUAAACAGAAUUGUCCUAUUUGACAGACUACUGAAGGCCUAUCCUUUUAAGAAAAAUCAAAUUUGGAAAGAAGCCAGAAUUGACAUUCCACCUCCAAUUAGAGGUUUAACCUGGGCAGCGUUACUUGGAGUAGAGGGAGAUAUUCAAGCAAAAUAUGAUUCUAUUGAUAAGGACACUCCUAUUCCAACAGACAGACAGAUUGAAGUUGACAUCCCUCGCUGUCAUCAGUAUGAUGAACUGCUGUCAUCGCCAGAAGGCCAUGCAAAAUUUAAGCGGGUUUUGAAGGCCUGGGUAGUUUCUCAUCCUGAUCUUGUAUACUGGCAAGGUCUUGAUUCCCUUUGUGCACCUUUCCUGUAUCUGAAUUUCAACAAUGAAGCUUUGGCCUAUUCCUGCAUGUCUGCUUUUAUACCAAAAUACCUCUACAAUUUCUUUUUAAAGGAUAAUUCUCAUGUUAUUCAAGAAUAUCUUACGGUGUUCUCCCAGAUGAUUGCAUUCCACGAUCCUGAACUGAGUAACCAUCUCAAUGAAAUAGGUUUCAUCCCAGAUCUAUAUGCUAUUCCUUGGUUUCUUACAAUGUUUACCCAUGUCUUUCCUUUGCACAAAAUCUUUCACCUGUGGGAUACAUUACUACUGGGAAAUUCUUCCUUCCCAUUCUGCAUUGGAGUGGCCAUCCUACAGCAGCUGAGGGAUCGCCUUCUCUCCAAUGGAUUCAAUGAGUGCAUUUUGCUGUUUUCUGAUUUACCAGAAAUUGACAUUGAACGGUGUGUCCAUGAAUCAAUUAACCUUUUCUGCUGGACGCCCAAGAGUGCUACAUACAGACAAUAUGCUCAGCCUCCCAAACAAACCAAUGAAGGCAACUCUACAAAAAGUCUAACAUAUUGUUAUUCAUCAAGCUAUCAGGAUGGAUUCAAGAAUGCCCUGUCUAGGGAUUCUAUCAAAUUAAAUGAUCUGAAAUCUGAAGUUUCACCACGGAUCUCGGCUGAAGAUUUGAUUGACCUCUGUGACCUGACAGGACCUGGCCAUUCUAAAACACCAACAAAGAAGACAAAGUCUAGCAAACCAAAGUUGCUUAUUGUUGACAUUCGGAACAGUGAGGAUUUUAACCGUGGGCAUAUACCAGGAAGUAUCAAUAUCCCAUUUGGGUCAGCAUUCACUGCUGAAGGAGAAUUCAUCCAGUGCCCUGCUACUUUCACACUUCAGAGCUUUAAAGGGAGAGUUGUGGUGAUAGUAGGACUUGUGUCAAAGAAUGCAGCGCAGUUCGCAGCUCAUCUGGUGAAAAUAAAAUAUCCAAGAAUUUGCAUUCUGGAUGGUGGUAUAAACAAAAUGAAGAUAACGGGUCUUCUAACAGUUCCUUCUCCACAAAUAUGACCAGCUUGAAGUGUCUCCUAGAUAUAUGAAAAACUCUUCUGAGUACAGCAAUAUUUUAAUUCUGUUCAUGCUUCAAUAUUGUGUCUGUGACUGUGUUUUUUCAGUGUUUUUUUUUCAAUUUAGCAUUCUUUAUAGAAUUUUACUAUGACUGGGAGAAGCUAUAAAACAUUAAAAUGUAAUUCUAAAAAAGUCGUCACUUGAGCUUUGUCCAUCCAGGAAGAGAAAAAACAAAGCAAUUGAAUAUAUAAAGCCUAGUAACUUAAAUCAUGAAUUUCAAAUUAUAUGGAUAAAUAAUAUCCUUUGAGUGACUGAUACAUUUAAGAUAAAUUAUUUCAGUUCAAGAAUUACUUAUUUGACUUACUAGUUUUUCUGGCCCAUGGAAUGUUUGUGUUCCCUGAAUCCUCAUCACUGCAAAAAAUAGAAAUUGACCUGAUAAUUUUCUCACUAAGUGACUGCAUUUAAAAAGUGUUUAACCAUUUUAAAUUGUAUUUUUCAUUUAUUUUAUGAAAAGUAUAAAGAAUCAAUGUUCAAGUGCUUAGUAAUAAUUAGAUUGGAAUGCCUUUACAAUCCAGAACAAUGUCAGAUUUGAAAAAUCUAAAUGACAGUUUAAAAAAUAAUUAGGUUUUUUUUUUCAUGUGCAACUUUUCAUUUUAUUAAUUUGGGACACUUACGUAAGCAUACCAUUGGAUGUGGUGAACAUUAUUUCCCAUGCACAAAUUACUUAUGUUUAAAUAUUUCCUGAAAAAUUAAGAUUAAAAUAAAAUGCCAAAUAUUUAUCAUAAA